AUGCUUGUCAAGUCUGCUGUCGCUGUUCUGGCCCUUGCCAGUGCUGUCGCUGCUGGUCCCCGCAACGGCAACCGCAACGCCAACGUCGGUGCCGUUCGCCAGAAGGGUGUCCACUACAAGGAUGGCAUCUUCCCCGCCCCCAAGGUUGACAGCGCCGCUGCCUCCUCCAACACCCUGACCUACUAUGGUGGCCCGGUCGUCUCCAACGUCCAGAUCAACCCCAUCUACUACGGUGGCAGCGUCAACUACCAGAGCCAGAUCGACACCUUCUACAGCGCUAUCGCCGGCUCCACCUACAUCAGCAUGCUCUCCGAGUAUGACACCCCCACCCAGAACAUUGGCGCUGGCUCCUUUGGCGGCUCCAUCUCCAAGAGCUCGGGUCUCAGCACCUCCACCACCGAUACUGCCAUCCAGACCUGGCUCCGCAGCCUCGUCCAGAGCGGCUCCAUCAAGCCCACCGCCAACACCUACUUCCCCAUCCACUUUGCUCCCGGAUACUCCAUCUCCAUGGGCUCCGACUCGUCCUGUGUCCAGUUCUGUGCCUACCACGGCACCAUCGACAUCUCCGACAUCAGCUCCACCCAGUACCUCUACUACGGUGUCCUCCCCGAUCAGGGUGGUGCCUGCGCCGGCGGCUGCGGUAGCAACCCCUCCACCAUCAACAACCUCCAGUCCGUCUCGUCCCACGAGCUUGCCGAGACCAUCACCGAUGCCGCUGUCGGUGUCGCCACUGGCAGCACUCUUGGCGCCCCUCUUGCUUGGUACAACUCUGCCAACGGUGAGAUCGGCGAUAUUUGCAACGCUCAGCAGGGCAGUGUCAUUGGCACCGAUGGCAACUCCUAUGUCGUCCAGAAGCUGUGGUCCAACGCCCACAACGCCUGCUACCUCCCCUCUGGCUCUCCUCCUCCUCCCCCUCCUCCCACCUCGUCCAAGACCACCACCACCAAGACCACUACUGGCAAGAGCACCACCACCACUCCCAUCAAGACCACCACUACCAAGACCACCACUGCUGCCUCUCCUACUUCGACUUCCAUGCCCCACAGUGGCAACGCCUGCCCCACCUUUGGCCAGUACGCUUGCGGUGACCAGAACGACGUCCUUGUCUGUGUCAACACCUGGAUCCAGCUCACCGUCUGCCCCUCGGGCACCAAGUGCUCUCCCGGCUCCUACGUCUGCAUCUAAGCGGCCCCGCUUCAAGCUCGCUUGCCGCGGCCAUCCGUCUUUCCCCCAUUACCUGGCAUCAAUCAGGCUCACUGGUUGAGAUGCCUGUUUCUUGAUCCCAGAUGCCCGGGGCUCAAAGUGCGCUGAAUGCCCAAGAUGCGAGUGUAUGACAUGCCUCCUGCUCUCUUUCCCUCAACUUACAGUUUCGAAUCCCCUCCAGAGCGACAGCUCGAUAACUGCCCCUCUGCCACCCACACCUCCCUUCCCUAUCCUCUGACCUUGACUUGCUGUGCUAUUCUAUCCCGUCCUUAAACCGUUGGUUGUGAAUAUGGCCUUGUACCCUAGUCUGCUCUUUCAGGCUAGCCGGCACCUAGUCUUUUAAAUAUA